CGCCGGGUGAGAGGCUUGACAGAGGUCGGGAGACCACGUGGAGGUACGCGUGAUGUCGGUCCACGGAAGGCCGCGGAAUCCGGGGUGAUCUCGCUUAACGAGAGGCCUCGCAGCGCCACCAGGAAGCCGUUUCUCGAGUCCAUGAAGCGUCAAGGCCGCGGCUCGCUCCCGGGCACGGAGAGCUGUCGGUGCUUGCCCUGGUGUGCUGCUGGUGACGGCUCAGCCCUCGCCAGGCCUUGGGUCCGACUGCGUGCACGCAGAAACUGGGGGCGGGUGGAAUCACGAAGCGGAGACGCAUCCACACGAAUCAGCCGACCGUACCGGGAAAGAGAAACCUGAAUUUGGGAUGUUUCUGGUAGUCUUGUCUCAGAAAUUACAUCUCUAGUCUGCACAAUGAUUUCCUUCGAAGCCCAGCAGUGCCCAGUUGCCUCUAGGACUCAAACCCUUACAUGGAAGAGAAAAACUUGCAGAGGAAAUGGUAAUUCUCCAGUUGGUCCCUGAGGUGUCCAGUUGCAGCCCAUGGAGAUCCAGUUCAAUUAUGAAUCUCAAGAACACCACGUUCUGUUGGAUGGUGAAACUAAGACUAGGAUUGGAGAGCCAGCUUCAGAGGAGGAAAUUACAGUAAAAAUUGAACCAUUGACUGAAGGAUCUGGCAGCCCUAGAGAGGAUGUUCUCCAGGAUUUUGAAGGCAGAGAAUUCUGUGAAUUUGGGGAUAAAUUAAAUGAAAAAGAUCAGAACUUCCUUAAAAGAAGACAACAUAACUGUGAUGAAUGUGGGCAAAACUUUGCUUGGAGUACAGGCCUUAUUAGGCAUCAAAGAACCCAUUGGGAAAAACCUUAUGAAUGUGAUAAGUGUGGAAAGGCCUUUAGUGUGAGCUCAGCCCUGGUUCUGCAUCAGAGAAUUCAUACUGGAGAAAAACCCUAUCCCUGUAACUGGUGCAUUAAAAGUUUCAGUCGGAGCUCAGACCUUAUUAAACAUCAAAGAGUUCACACUGGUGAAAAACCUUAUAAAUGUGAUGAAUGUGGGAAAGCCUUCAGUCAGAGCUCAGAUCUUAUUAUACACCAGAGAAUCCAUACAGGAGAAAAACCCUAUCAAUGCAAUCAUUGUAGUAAAAGUUUUAGCCAGCGUUCAGAUCUGGUUAAACAUCAGAGAAUCCACACUGGAGAGAAGCCUUAUACAUGUAACCAGUGUAACAAACAUUUUAGUCAGAGUUCUGAUGUUAUAAAACAUCAAAGAAUCCACACUGGGGAGAAACCAUAUAAAUGUGAUGUGUGUGGGAAAGCCUUCAGUCAGAGCUCAGAUCUUAUUCUACAUCAGAGAAUCCAUACUGGAGAGAAACCAUAUCCAUGUAAUCAGUGUAGCAAAAGUUUCAGUCAGAACUCUGAUCUCAUCAAACAUCGAAGGAUCCAUACUGGAGAGAAACCCUAUAAAUGUAAUGAGUGUGGAAAAGCUUUUAAUCAGAGCUCAGUCCUUAUUCUACAUCAAAGAAUUCACACUGGAGAGAAACCCUAUCCUUGUAAUCAAUGUAGCAAAACCUUCAGUAGGCUUUCAGAUGUUAUUAAUCAUCAACGAAUUCACACUGGAGAGAAGCCUUACCCUUGUAAUCAGUGCAGUAAGAUGUUUAGUCGAAGAUCAGAUCUUGUUAAACAUCAUAGAAUUCAUACAGGUGAGAAACCCUAUGAAUGUGAUGAGUGUGGGAAAACCUUUAGUCAGAGCUCCAACCUUAUUCUACAUCAGAGAAUUCACACUGGAGAGAAACCUUACCCAUGUAGUGAUUGCACUAAAAGCUUUAGUCGUCGUUCAGAUCUUAUUAAGCAUCAAAGAAUACACACUGGUGAGAAACCGUAUGCAUGCAAUCAGUGCAAUAAAAGUUUUAGUCAAAGCUCGGACCUCACUAAGCAUCAGAGAGUGCACUCUGGUGAAAAGCCCUAUCACUGCGAUAGUUGUGAGAAAGCCUUCAGUCAGAGUUCUGACCUUAUUCUUCAUCAGAGAAUUCACACUGGAGAAAAACCAUAUCCAUGCACACAGUGCAGCAAAAGUUUCAGUCAGAACUCAGACCUUAUCAAACACCAGAGAAUCCACACGGGGGAAAAACCAUAUAAAUGUAACGAGUGUGGGAAGGCUUUCAGUCAGUGCUCAGCUCUUAACCUACAUCAGAGAAUCCACACUGGAGAGAAGCCAUAUCCAUGCGAUCAAUGUAGUAGAAGUUUUAGUCGGCGCUCUGAUCUCAUUAACCAUCAAAGAAUCCACGCUGGUGAAAAGCCAUAUAAAUGUGAUGCAUGUGGGAAAACUUUCAGCACAUGCACAGAUCUAAUUGAACACCAGAGAAUCCACACUGGGGAGCAAUCCUACCAGUGUGUUCAGUGCAGCAGAAGUUUUAGCCAACUCUCCAAUCUUACUAAUCAUGAGAAAGUCCAUUCCGGGGAAGACAGUCUAAAUGCAAUGAAUGUGGGAAAACCUUUAGUAUAUACACCGAAUUUAUUUAGUACCAGAGACACUGUACCACAAAGAAAAUCUUAUGAAUGCUAUUGAUGAAUAUGAAAAAGGCUUUAGUCAAUGCUCAACUCAUACUACAUUAAAAAAUAAAAACGAAAAACACUGGGGAGAAAACAUUGAUUCUGUGUUCAUAAUGAAAGUUUAAAUUGUAGCUCAGACAUUACUAAAAUUAAGAAAAAUUUUGAGGAGGAGUCUUGUGAGGUGUGGAAAACUCAAUGUGAAUGAAAUUUUUACUGAAUGCCAGUAAGCAACAAUAGAAAUUCCUGUCUUUGCCAUAAUGUAAGAAAAGCUCUAGUAUUUUAUUCAGACAUAAUGCACGAGAGGUGUGUCAUUGUAAGAAAUGUAUAACAGUAUUAAUGCAGAAUUUAUCAAAUAUUAUAAAAAUCAGUGUGUGGAGAGCUGUUCAAUCAGAACUCAGAAGGAAAUGUAUUAGUGUUAUAAUCUCAAAUCUUUACUGGACCAUAAUUACCAAUUGCAUAUCAGAAGUUAUUUUAGAGAAUUUAAGGAAAACUUAAAUACCAUCUGUAUCUUUAAAUGGCAUGUAUCCUGAUAUCACACUUAUUCCAUGACAGCUAGAGAUUCCUGCCUUUUGCUAAUACUAGAUAUCUAUCUUUAAAUUACCUGUGUGUGAACAUGGUACACUAUUCUGGUAUUAAACUUAUUAACUAGACAACUACAGGGCCCCGCUUUCUCAGAAGUUUUUUGAUUUUUGUUUUGGUCUAGUUUUGGUUUUCCUAGUAAGUGUGAGUUUGUACAAUUUUCAAAUGUUCACAGCAAAUAUGGAUUUAUUUCACUCUCAGUACUGUAGCUUAUAAAUUUUAUUGGUUUGAAAUCGCUUCGCUACCAUUUAAUCACAGCUUCUAAACAUGUGAAACAGGAUUUUUUUUAUGUCAAAGUGUGAAGAUUUUUCUAUUACUGUUUAUCUAGUCAUGUACAGACUGAACAAAAAUGGUAGUUAUGAUAUUGUGAUUUAUAAUAAAUUUAUAUCUGGUUUUCAUCCCUUG